AUGGAGCCAGGACAGAGAUCCCCCACUAUUGCCAUCCUUGGUGCCGGCAUUGGUGGGUUGGCUCUUGCCAUCGGUCUCAUCAAACGCAAGGUACCGGUGACCAUUUACGAGGCAGCCGACAAGUACUCUACCGUUGGGGCCGGCAUUGGCCUGGGUCCCAACGCUCUGGACGCCAUCGACCUCAUCGAUACUCGCUUCCGGGAGGAAUACAAUAAAGCCAAGACCGCUAACGAGAGACCCGAGUUCGCGCACAGCGUCUUUGACGCGCUCUACGCCGAGGACGGCUUCGGCGAGAAGAGGGGCUGGACCCGCGGACUAGUUGGCGCGCCGUACUUCACGCGGAGCAGCGCCCACCGCAAGGACUUGCUGGAGAUCAUGGAGAGCUUCAUCCCCGAGGGCACAGUCAAGUUUGGGAAACGAGCCAAGUCCAUCCAGCAGACUGGGGACAAGGUCGCCGUCACGUUCCAGGAUGGGCAAAAUAUAACGGUCGACGCCGUCAUCGGCUGCGACGGGGUCAAGGGAUUGACUCGACAGGCAGUCUUGGGCGAUAUCGCACCCGGAGAGGUUGCCCCGACCUACUGUGGCACGUAUGUCUACCGCGGUAUCAUUCCAAUGGCAGAGGCGAAGGAGAUCCUGGGAAACCACGCGGGCGAUGCAAAAUGGUUCAUGGCGAAGGGAACGGGAGUCGCCAUCUACCCCAUCUCACAGGGUCGGGAAGAAAACUUCGUCUUCUUUAUCGCCGACUCAAAACCCUGGACACACGGAGACACGACAAUACCUUGCACGAAGGAGGAGAUGAUCGCGGACCUGCCAGGCUACGAUGCUAGACUCAUAAAGCUACUGGACUACGCCAAACCGCUACGCUGGCCUACGUGGCACCAUCCCAAGACGUCAACUUACUACAACGGUCGAGUAUGCCUGCUUGGCGACGUCGCGCAUGCCUCCAGCCCCAGUCAAGCCGCCGGAGCGGGUCAGGGGCUAGAGGACGCAGUCGUCCUCGCGCACCUACUUUCUCUCGUCAAGGACCCAAGCCAACUCCCAGCCGCCUUCCAGACGUACGACGCCAUGCGGCGACCCCGAGCUCAGAAGGUGACCUUGACCAGUUUCGACGCAGGGACCAUAUACAUGUGGCUCGAUGAAGAGAUCGGGGACGACAUGGACAGGAUCGUCGAGAACGCCAACGGCAGGCUGCACUGGAUAUGGCAACACGACCUCAUGGCCGAUCUCAAUAGGGCCGAGGACGAUUUCUCAAGGUCAGUACUGGAGCGGCAGCACCACCACCACCCAUUGCUAGAUGGUAACCCGAAGAAGGCUGUGUCUGGCGUAGGGCUGAAAUGGAGGCAAUGGCUGCGUCGGGCUCGUGGUUGA